AUGUGUGGUAUUCUAUCAUCAUUAAUGGGGCUAGAAAAGGAUUAUUCACAUCUUCGCAAGGUCUCAAACAGGGUGAUCCGUUAUCUCCUUCCCUGUUCAUUAUUGGAGCUGAGGUUCUGUCCAGGUGAUAAGCACUCGAUAAAACUCAUUAAGAGUCGGAUAAGAAGGUAUGAACAAGCAUCAGGUCAAAAAGUGAACAACGACAAGAGUUUCUUUGUUACUGCUCCAAACACCUCUGCUAGUAGAAUUAAUAGAAUCAGAAGAAAUUCUGGCAACUCUAGCUUCUGGAUGGAUAACUGGACGGGCAAAGGUGCUUUGGCCAAGGUAGUUCAGGGCCAGGGUAAAUCUCACAAGCUUCUCGUUAAAAAUUUCAUCCAUGAAGGUACCUGGGACACAAACAAAUUAGUAGACACUAUCCCUACUCACUUGUUGGAUAUUGUUACUAAGGUGGAUAUUGGCAACAGAAGUCUUAAUGACUUUCCAAUAUGGAAUUUAGCUGAAGAUGGGCAUUUCAAUAACAAAUCGGCUUGGGACUUAGUUGAGACUAUGGAACAUGUAUUCAAUGGAAGCGAAGCAGCAAAAAUAGCAUGGAACACAAUUGGCAACCCACUGGGCAUAAGGCAUCAAUUAGAGCCGGUGGUGGGCACAUUCAAGAGAUGGUGGGAAACAAGCUCAAAGAACAGGGUCCAUAACUUAAUCCUUCAAAUAGCUCCGUUAAUAAUUUGCUGGGAACUAUGGAAACAACGGACAUCGUGCAAAUAUGGUAAUCAGAAGAAGUUCCAACCAAACAUGAUGGUGCAUCAAGUUAUCUGGAAUAUCAAAGGAGCCAUUUCGAAGAUUAUACCAAGAUGGGACAACCACCACCCUUGGCCUGAUCUCUGCCAAAGAAUCGAAAAAUUGAAACCAAUGCAAAGCUGGAGUCAAGUGCUGUGGUCGACACCAAAUCAGGGAUGUAUCAAAGUUAAUACCGAUGGUAGCUACAUCAGAGAAAACAACGAAGCAGGUAUAGGAGGCAUCGUAAGGAAUAGCAAUGUUGAUCUUAUUAUGGCCUUCUCGAGGGUUGUCCAGUGUGAUAACAGCAAUACUGCGGAGGCUCUAGCUACUGAGUUUGGACUGAAAUGGUGCAAGCUACAAGGCUACACUAAUUUUAUCCUCGAACUCGACUCUAUGGUGAUUGCAAACAUAUUGAUAAAUAAAGAUACCAACAAUCUUAAAAUCAAACAAGUUAUUGAGAGAAUGCUGCACAAUAUACAACAUGCCGAUGUAAGAGUAAUGCACUGCUACAGAGAAGGCAACCAAGUUGCAAAUUGUCUUGCGAAUCUGGCUUCUACCUCGGGUAAUAGCAUGACUAUCAACUCAUAUCAACAACUUCCUACAUGUGCUAAAGGCUAUUUCCUCUUGGAUAAGUGCCAAAUACCAAGUAUUAGAACCAAAUUCGACAAAGCUAAUUUUUUUGUCAGCUAG